UUCCUGAAAAGAAAAAAAAAAUAUGCAAAAGACAAUAGAGAGGAGCUUGCAUUUUAUAAAAGUAAUAAUGAAGCUCGAGUCUUUAAAUGAUAUGAAUAUAGACUACAAACUAUAAAUAUGUGAAAUAUUCUCGUAAAAUCAAGCUUGAGAAAUAGUGAAAUAGACGCAGUUGUGUUGUUACUCGAGUAUCUUUUGCACCUUAAAAACAUGUUUAAAAGGGAAAAUGAACUGUUGAACUGUGCUUAUAGUGAAUAAUAAAUAAUAUACUACUGUUGAGAUUGUGGAUGAUUAAUGUAUAUUAUCUUAUGUUUUAAUUUUCUAUUAUUUGUGUAUAUAUUAUAGUAACGAUUGCUGUAUUUAGGAAGGUCUGUUGUAUCAUAGAAUAUCUGAUUCACGUCUACUAGAUUUAGGAUAAAUCUUUCCUAUUUUUCAUUUUCCUUGUAUUUUUUAUGGUACUGCCUUCACCCACUCUUGUGCUUGUGGGAGAUAUUAGAGUAUUAAACUUAAAUAAAUGUAUUUUCAUUUUUUUUGUUACCAUAGUUUCGACCUCUUUGGGGGCUUUCUUAAUAGCAACCUAAAGGAUGGUGUUUAGUUCCAUAUUGACUAGAGAUAUGACUUAAGUAGAGUUUAUAAAGAUUGGAUAGUCCUCACCUUACAAAGCAGUUCCAGAAAUUGAGUUAGGCUCUAAGCCCAAAUUCUAAUAUGAUCUGAGAAUCUAUUCUAGAUCUAUUGUUGGGUCACCUGCAUUUACCAUCUGAUAGGCGCUUAAUUCAAGGAGACAGCCCAAAUGUAUUUUUGUCCAAUAAUCAUCCUAAGCCUCUAAUUUGUAAAGUAUACAAGAGAAAGAAAAGAGAGGAGCAAUCAGUAGUAGCCAGCUGGCAUAGAAGGUUUGGUGUGUGAGCAUAAUUUUGUUCUAUAGGAAUUGUUGAGGAGCGAGAGGAGGGAAUCUUUUGGGUGGUUUUGUGAUAGAGGCAUUUGUGCACUUUGAGAGGAGCUUUGUUGUGGGCAGAGAUUUAUUCAAUUCUCUGAAUAAUGGUUUUUGAUUCAGCAAAUAAUACAUAUUUCAACAUCUCUCUUUAUCAUUUUCAAUCCUCUCUUCUAAUUCCUUUACAUUCAUCGAUUUGUUUCUGGCUUCCUAACAAAUUGGUCCAACCUGCCAGAUCUCGUCGUAUGCCAUUGUUCUAAUUCAUUCCGUAACCAGUGUAAUGACUAUAUUUUGAAUGCCACCAAAGAAGAUGGAAAACAAAGUCUCAGCCAUAGAAGAAGCCAUGUCAGAUUUUCAUAAUAUUCUCGCAGAACUACGAACAUUGACGGUUGAAAACAAGGAAAAACUUGAUUCCAUCCUUACCAAGGAAUCAGAGGAUGGCGGAAGCUCUAUGCCCAAGAAGAAACUAGUGAAGGAUCAACGCGAGACCAAUUGGUCCAAGCUCGACGGAGAUUCAUUGGAGGAAUUUCGAAGAAAGUUGAGUUGCCGAUGUUUGAUGGAGAAGAUCCCGCUGGUUGGAUUGUUAGGGCGGAGGUGUAUUUCGAGGUGCAAGGUACUCGACCUGAGGUGAAAGUAAAUUUGGCCCAGUUGUGAAUGGACGGGCCAACUAUUCAUUUUUUUGGAUCCGUAGUAGAGGUCAGAGAAGAGUUAACAUGGGAGAAGUUCAAAGUUGAGCUACUGGAAAGAUAUGGAGGAAUCGGUGACGGAAACAUUUUCGAGCAGCUUACGGCACUUCGACAAGAUGGAGACAUUGAAGAUUACAUCCAACAAUUUGAGAGAUUGAUCGUCCAGGUUGGUCGUCUUCCUGGGGAACAAUAUAUUGGGUAUUUUGUCCAUGAGCUACAUGAUGGAGUAAGGGGGAAGGUACAGAGCUUGCGUGCUCUUGGGUCGUUGCCUCGCACUCAUUUUCUUAAUGUUACCAGAGUUAUGGAUUUAGAAACAAAUGAGAUGAAAGGGAACUGGGCUGGGUCGCGACAGUUUGGCCCUAAUACCUUACUUGGGUCUGGGUCACGACAUAGAGUCGGGUUGCAUGAAUCAGGUAAAGGCGGAAUGGGUGAUUGGGUCUAUGUAAAAGGAGGGAAAGAGAGCCAUGACAAAAAUGUAAACGGCCAAUUAUCCAAAUAUGAGCCCAAGUUUGAGAAUGAAGGGAGUAUGGGCAGAGAUAGAGGGAUAUGCCAUUUGUCGUAUCAACAAAUGGUCGAGAGGAGACAAAAGGGAUUAUGCUUUAAGUGUGGAGGCCUCUUCCACCCAAAACACCUCUGUCCAGAUAAACAGCUACGUAUAAUGUUGACCAAGGAUGACAAGGGGUCAAGUGAAGCUCACGAAACGGAAACAAGUGAGAAAGAAGGAGGUGUUAUGCACCUUCAAAGUUUGGAAGAGAUGAAAUCCACCCAACCUCACACGCUAAAGCUUCAAGGAACGGUGAAAGGAGUACCCAUUCUCCUUUUGGUUGAUAGUGGAGCAAUUCACAAUUUUAUGUCCAGGAGGCUUGCUGAGAAGAUGGGAUGGUCAAUCGUCGAAAGCUAACCUUUGAAGAUCAAAUUGGGGGAUGGUCACAGGGCAAAGACCCAAGUA